AUCUGUUUCUCAGUCGUACCCGGAAGUUCCGUAUUGCUGCGCCUCUGGGUUAAGGCGGUAGAAACUGUGCGGACAGACCGUCGCUAGCUUACAGUUGAUAAACGAAUUUAGCUACAAUGGGUUUGCCAUCUAGGUGUUGCUGACCUCCUAUGGAAGUGGACCUCCUCCCUCCAGAAGCGCCAUGCGAGGGUAUCACUCCAAGCUGGACUCAUCCUCCUCUGCUGGGGGUACGGGCGGCUCCAUGCCCCUGAGCCUGGCCGUGGAGACGGAGAAAGCCCAGGCAUUGCUCCAGACCUUCUCCUCUGCCUCCCUACUGGCCAGCACUGCGCUGGGAGCCUUCUGUGUGCUGGCUGACCACGUCAUGCAGCUGGUCCUACUCCAACAGCACCUGUGGCUGCGGGCAGUGCUGGACAACACCGUCCAUUGUCUGAUAGGCCUCUGGUCCUGGGCUAUCGUCAUUGGCCUCAAGAAGAAGAGUGACUUCUAUGAAGUUAUCUUAGCAGGGAUCCUGGCCUCUGUUAUAGACCUGGAUCACUUCUAUAUGGCUGGCUCUCUGUCGCUCAAAGCAGCCACCAGUCUGCCCCACCGCCCCCCCCUCCAUUGCUCCUCUCUAAUCCCGGUCCUCUGCUUCUCUCUGAGGCUGGUGCUGUGGCUGGGCAGGCUAAAGGACUCGUGGUGCUCUCUACCCUGGCUGCUGUUUAUCUCCCUGGCCUCUCACCACAUCCGAGACGGGGUCCGCCAUGGUCUGUGGGUGUGUCCGUUCGGCAACACGGCCCCCAUCUCCUAUUGGCUGUAUGUGAGCAUCACAGCCACCCUGCCACACCUGUGCUCUGUGCUCAUGUACCUGACAGGAACUCGAGACGUGAUCUCCACCAAGCACGGCAUCGCCAUUGACAUCUGAUGGAAGGAAGGGCCAACACUACGCCUCCCUAAUAGCACCCUAUUCCCUAUAUAGUGUACUACUAUAGACCAGAGCCCUAUUCCCUAUAUAGUGUACUACUAUUGACCAGAACCCUAUUCCCUAUAUAGUGUACUACUAUUGACCAGAACCCUAUUCCAUAUGUAGUGUACUACUAUUGACCAGAACCCUAUUCCAUAUGUAGUGCACUACUAUUGACCAGAACCCUAUUCCAUAUGUAGUGUACUACUAUUGACCAGAACCCUAUUCCAUAUGUAGUGCACUACUAUUGACCAGAACCCUAUUCCAUAUGUAGUGCACUACUAUUGACCAUAACCCUAUUCCCUAUAUAGUGCACUACUACAGACCAGAGCCCUAUUCCAUAUGUAGUGUACUACUAUUGACCAGAACCCUAUUCCCUAUAUAGUGAAUAGGGCUCUGGUCAAUAGUAGUACACUAUAUAGGGAAUUGGAGUCUAUAGGGAUCUGGUCUAAAGUAGUGCACAGGGUUCUAUAGGGCUCUGGAAUAGGGUUCUAUAGGGAUCUGGUCUAAAGUAGUGCACUACAUAGGGAAUAGGGUUCUAUAGGGAUCUGGUCUAAAGUAGUGCACUAUAUAGGGAAUGGGGCUCUGGUCAAUAGAAGUGCACUAUGAAGGGAAAAAGGUGCCAUUUGGUACACCGGUAAACCCCACAAUGCCUCAGCCUCACUCGUCUAUUUUCUUCACACCACCUCCCCACUAAACUGCCUCCUCCCUCCCUCCUCUAGUCCGUCACUCUCAGGCUGGGAGGCUGUGUCCUGUGUGACUGUCAGUGCAGUAGUGUGUGGAAGUGCUUGAUGUCGAGCUGUGAGGUAUUUUAUAGCCUUGUAAUUACCAGACUGAUUACUGCUGUGCUGUCAGUGUAGCUAAGCAGAAUGUAAGGAGGAGACGGAUGGUUGUACGAGGGUAUUUUACUGAUGGGGUCAAAGGGAAAGGCGACAUUUUAAUUCUCUACUCUUCUCCUGAAGUGUCCACUUGGAUGGAAUGGACUGGAAGGUCCCAGGGAACAGAGCAGUACAUUAUGAAGCUGAAGGUCCCAGGGUACAGAGCAGUACAUUAUGAAGCUGAAGGUCCUAGGGAACAGAGCAGUACAUUAUGAAGCUGAAGGUCCUAGGGAACAGAGCAGUACAUUAUGAAGCUGAAGGUCCCAGGGAACAGAGCAGUACAUUAUGAAGCUGAAGGUCACAGGGAACAGAGCAGUACAUUAUGAAACUGAAGGUCCCAGGGAGCAGAGCAGUACAUUAUGAAGCUGAAGGUCCUAGGGAACAGAGCAGUACAUUAUGAAGCUGAAGGUCCCAGGGAACAGAGCAGUACAUUAUGAAGCUGAAGGUCCUAGGGAACAGAGCAGUACAUUAUGAAGCUGAAGGUCCUAGGGAACAGAGCAGUACAUUAUGAAGCUGAAGGUCCCAGGGAACAGAGCAGUACAUUAUGAAGCUGAAGGUCCCAGGGUACAGAGCAGUACAUUAUGAAGCUGAAGGUCCUAGGGAACAGAGCAGUACAUUAUGAAGCUGAAGGUCCUCAGGAACAGAGCAGUACAUUAUGAAGCUGAAGGUCCUAGGGAACGGAGCAGUACAUUAUGAAGCUGAAGGUCCUAGGGAACAGAGCAGUACAUUAUGAAGCUGAAGGUCCUAGGGAACAGAGCAGUACAUUAUGAAGCUGAAGGUCCUAGGGAGCAGAGCAGUACAUUAUGAAGCUGAAGGUUCUAGGGAACAGAGCAGUACAUUAUGAAGCUGAAGGUCCCAGGGAACAGAGCAGUACAUUAUGAAGCUGAAGGUACCAGGGAACAGAGCAGUACAUUAUGAAGCUGAAGGUCCUCAGGAACAGAGCAGUACAUUAUGAAGCUGAAGGUCCCAGGGAACAGAGCAGUACAUUAUAAGAGCGUCUGCUAAAUGACUUAAAUGUAAAAUGUAAAAUUAUGAAGCUGAAGGUCCUAGGGAGCAGAGCAGUACAUUAUGAAGCUGAAGGUCCCAGGGAACAGAGCAGUACAUUAUGAAGCUGAAGGUCCUCAGGAACAGAGCAGUACAUUAUGAAGCUGAAGGUCCCAGGGAACAGAGCAGUACAUUAUGAAGCUGAAGGUCCCAGGGAACAGAGCAGUACAUUAUGAAGCUGAAGGUCCCAGGGAACAGAGCAGUACAUUAUGAAGCUGAAGGUCCCAGGGAACAGAGCAGUACAUUAUGAAGCUGAAGGUCCCAGGGAACAGAGCAGUACAUUAUGAAGCUGAAGGUCCUAGGGAACAGAGCAGUACAUUAUGAAGCUGAAGGUCCCAGGGAACAGAGCAGUACAUUAUGAAGCUGAAGGUCCUAGGGAACAGAGCAGUACAUUAUGAAGCUGAAGGUCCUCAGGAACAGAGCAGUACAUUAUGAAGCUGAAGGUCCUAGGGAACAGAGCAGUACAUUAUGAAGCUGAAGGUCCUAGGGAACAGAGCAGUACAUUAUGAAGCUGAAGGUCCCAGGGAACAGAGCAGUACAUUAUGAAGCUGAAGGUCCUCAGGAACAGAGCAGUACAUUAUGAAGCUGAAGGUCCUAGGGAGCAGAGCAGUACAUUAUGAAGCUGAAGGUCCCAGGGUACAGAGCAGUACAUUAUGAAGCUGAAGGUCCUAGGGAACAGAGCAGUACAUUAUGAAGCUGAAGGUCCCAGGGAACAGAGCAGUACAUUAUGAAGCUGAAGGUCCUAGGGAGCAGAGCAGUACAUUAUGAAGCUGAAGGUCCCAGGGUACAGAGCAGUACAUUAUGAAGCUGAAGGUCCCAGGGAGCAGAGCAGUACAUUAUGAAGCUGAAUGUCCCAGGGUACAGAGCAGUACAUUAUGAAGCUGAAGGUCCCAGGGAACAGAGCAGUACAUUAUGAAGCUGAAGGUCCUCAGGAACAGAGCAGUACAUUAUGAAGCUGAAGGUCCCAGGGAACAGAGCAGUACAUUAUGAAGCUGAAGGUCCUAGGGAACAGAGCAGUACAUUAUGAAGCUGAAGGUCCCAGGGAACAGAGCAGUACAUUAUGAAGCUGAAGGUCCCAGGGAACAGAGCAGUACAUUAUGAAGCUGAAGGUCCCAGGGAACAGAGCAGUACAUUAUGAAGCUGAAGGUCCCAGGGAACAGAGCAGUACAUUAUGAAGCUGAAGGUCCUAGGGAACAGAGCAGUACAUUAUGAAGUUGAAGGUUCUAGGGAACAGAGCAGUACAUUAUGAAGCUGAAGGUCCCAGGGAACAGAGCAGUACAUUAUGAAGCUGAAGGUCCCAGGGAACAGAGCAGUACAUUAUGAAGCUGAAGGUACCAGGGAACAGAGCAGUACAUUAUGAAGCUGAAGGUCCCAGGGAACAGAGCAGUACAUUAUGAAGCUGAAGGUCCCAGGGAACAGAGCAGUACAUUAUGAUGCUGAAGGUUCUAGGGAACAGAGCAGUACAUUAUGAAGCUGAAGGUCCCAGGGAACAGAGCAGUACAUUAUGAAGCUGAAGGUCCCAGGGAACAGAGCAGUACAUUAUGAAGCUGAAGGUCCUAGGGAGCAGAGCAGUACAUUAUAAGUGUUUCUUAUUGGUGGAGCCUCCAGUUGCUGCCUGAUGUUAAGUGAUGAUGUAGUACUCAUUAGGUGAUGUCAUUUUUUAACAUGUGUUUUUAGGAAAGACCGAGGCUUUCUGUGUUAACAUAUGUUUUUAUCUAUAUAAUCGAGGGAAGAUGACAUUCCUUUUAAUAUGUUCCUACUUUGUGAUCAUAAUAUUUGAGUUGUCGGUGUUCUGAUGAGAGGGUGAACAGCUGUGGGUAUAUUCACUAGGUAAGAUAGAUUUAAAACGGUAUAUUCACUAGGUAAGAUAGAUUUAAAACAGGCCCGGGAUUUAAAAUAAACACUUAAAAAAAAAAAUGUAUACAAAACUUGUUGCUUUGCAAAAUGUUUCACUAAAUUGUGCACUAUGAAUAUACUGUGGCUGUGUGCUGCAGUUUGACCACCUGGCCUGCAGAGGGCAUCAAUGAGUCAACUUAUUAUGUUUAACCAUAUGUCAUGUCCAUUACCAUUAUGCAUCAAGAUAGUUAUUGCUGCUGUCUUUAUUCACAGUGUGUACUGAAUGAAAUAUGGUUCAUCGUUCACAUGUAUGCAUUUCAGCAUUUGAUUUGUUUUGAAUAUUAUUUAUUGAAUUAGAAUUUUAAAUGUUAAGUACACUACACUGACCAACAGUAUGUGGACACCUGCUCGUUCAACAUCUCGUUCCAAAAUCAUGGGCAUUAAUAUGGAGUUGGUCCCCUCUUUGCUCCUAUAACAGCCUCUUCUGGGAAGUUUUUCCACUAGAUGUUGGAACAUUGAUGUGGGGACUUGCUUCCAUUCAGCCACGAGAACAUUAGUGAGGUCGGGCACUGAUGCUGGGCGAUUAGGCCUGGCUCGGAGUCGGCAUUCCAAUUCAUCUGAAAGGUGUUUGAUGGGGUUCAGGUCAGGGCUCUGUGCAGGCCAGUCAAGUUCCUCCACACUGAUAUCAACAAACCAUUUCUGUAUGAACUUCUCUUUGUGCACAGGGGCAUUGUCAACCUGGAACAGGAAAUGGUCUUCCUCAAACUGUUGCCACAAAGUUGGAAGCACAGAAUCAUCUAGAAUGUCAUUGUUAUGCUGUAGCGUUAAGAUUUCCCUUCACUGGAACUAAGAGGCCUGAACAAUGAAAAACAUCCCCAGAACAUUAUUCCUCAUCCACCAAACUUUACAGCGGUGUUGGGGCAGGCAGCGUUCUCCUGGCAUCCGCCAAACCCAGAUUCGUCCGUUGGACUGCCAGAUGGUGAAGCGUUUCCACUGCUCCUUUAAACCACUCCAGCCGACGCUUGGCAUUGCGCAUGGUGAUCUUAGGCUUGUGUGUGGCUGCUCGGCCACGGAAACCCAUUUCAUGAAGCUUCAGACAAACAGUUCUUAACAUGACGUUGCUUCCAGAGGCAGUUUGGAACUCUGUAGUGAGUGUUGCAAACCGAGGACAGACGAUGCUUCAGCACUCGGCGAUCCCGUUCUGUGAGCUUGUGUGGCCUACCACUUCACAGCUGAGCCGUUGUUGCUCCUAGACUUUUCCACUUCACAAUACAGCACUUACAGUCGCUCGGGGCAGCUCUAGCAGGGCAGAAAUUUGACGAAUUGACUUGUUGGAAAGGUGGCAUCCUAUGACUGCUCUACUGGCAAUGUUUGUCUAUGGAGAGUGCAUGGCUGUGUGCUCAAUUAUUAAUUAUUUUAAUACAGUUAUGAACGGGUGCCAAAUCCACUAAUUUAAAGGGGUGUCCACAUACUUUUGUGUAUAUAUAUAUAUAGUGUAUAUCUUAUUACCUUGUGGUGUAAAGACUGGGUGGAUUCAAAGUUGUUCUUUUUCCUAAAUAAAUCUGUGUCCUGGA